AUGGAUGGCAGAGUGUGUGUUUGUAGCUGGAGUGUCCCACUCGAGAGGCAGGCGGAGCACGGCAGGCGGAGCACGGCAGGCGGAGCACGGCAGGCGGAGCACGGCAGGCGGAGCACGGCAGGCGGAGCACGGCAGGCGGAGCACGGCAGGCGGAGCACGGCAGGCGGAGCACGGCAGGCGGAGCACGGCAGGCGGGCCGCGGCGGUGGCCGCCAACAGAGCGAGGGGACUGGGCGAAGGAGGCGCAGACACCGGGGAAGGCGAGGCGGCGAAUAAAGAGCUGAAACUCUACGACAACAAGAUCAUUGAGUGCAAGUUCGAACACAACACCUGGGUUUUUAUGCGGCAGAGAGUCGACAAGAGCUUCCCCAACUCCUACGACACGGCCAUGGGUGAGUGUCGGACCAUGCUAACACGCUAG